GCCUAGUGGGGCGGGCAGAGGGAGUUACUUUCGCUGGCUCCCUUUCCCACUAUAAUGAGGACUUUAGAUCACUGUGCAGGCAAACAAAAUCUUUAAGGUGUGCUGGCGGUGCAGCACGCGGGAUUACCAACAGCCCCCGACAUUCUCCGUAACUACAACCAUGCGAAUGGGACUUUUAUGAGCUAUAGGAAUUUGUACUUCACCUGAAAACCCGCACAGCAUCAUUGCUUCGGCAUCUCAAGGUUGGAGUGAGGAGACCACAACUGAGUUUGCUGACCAGCCUACUCUUCCUGUCUGCAAAGAUGCUCAAAGCACCGCUAACAGCCAUCUGUAUUGUCAUUCUGUUCACCAGUGGUAGCCUGGCAAAGCCCAACAGCCAAAAGAACAAGAAGCCAAAACAAGUGGUACCCUCUAUUGAGUGUGAUGUACGCGCAGGCAAGAUCAGCCUCCCAGAAUUCAUUGCCAAAUGUCCAGCCCACUGUAAGGAGACCAAGCAGAGGGUCUAUGGGACAGGAGUGUUUGCCUCCAUCUCCAGUAUUUGCAAUGCUGCCAUCCACAGUGGUGUCAUCACUAAUGCUGGAGGUAAGGUGAUCGUGAGGAAGAUGGCUGGACAGGCAUCCUACAAGGGCAGCCUUGCCCACGGCAUCCGCUCCCUGUCUCUUCCCAACUGGAGGGAGUCCUUCACUGUCGCAGUGGGUAAACCAAAGAAAGGUGUCAUCUAUCCCACCAGUUUGGACUACAGCCCAUCAAGACCCACAACAGUGAAAACUGGCCAGAAGGAAGCCAAAGCACUGCCGGCCUCCUCCGCGUUGCCAGCGACAACAGUGGCCGAGCCAAUUACAACAGCCGCGGUGGAGCCAACCACUACAGCUGCUGCCACGACCACGCCCCCACCGACCACGCCCAUCACCACGCCGGCCGCCACCAACCCGCCAUCAACCACCAGCACCACGACCACUGCCGCAGCCAAACCACGCGCUGCUGUGCACAAAGUCCGCGACGCAGGCAGUGUCCACCCCUACUAUGCGUCUUUAGCCUCAGGAGCCAGUGCAAGACAGUCACAGAGUUCUCAUGGAAGAGCCCAAGCAUUCAGAGGGAGCUCAGCCAUUGCGAAUAGGUUUUCACCUCGACCAAACACAGGUCUGAGAAGACCAGAAACUGUUGGGUCAGCCGUUAGGAGACAACCGGCAUCCCCCGCUGGAACAGGUUUCAACAGGGUGCAGCUGGCUCAGCCUGAGAGGAACCAGCAAGCUGUCCAGACGAACCCCACUUUUGCUAGAAGGGAUUGGCCUCCCUACGGCUACCCACGACCUGAGUGGUAUCCCGGAGCUAGGCGACCUACAGAUGUUAAUCACUCUCCAGAUAUGGGAUACACAUGGACUGAGGGGGACACAGCAGAGACCACAGGCCGGGAUGCACGGCCUGAUAUCACAGACUAUGAACGCUGGUAUUAUAGCUUUGGACAGUACCCGCCUCGAGGCCCUGAGACAGACACUGCUCGUAAAUUGCUCCCUGAGAUGACACACACCAGAGUGGAGCCGCUGGAUGCCUGGAAACCCGAAGUAAACCCUUUCGACCCAGGCUUCAACGUGCGCGAGCAGGACUCCAUACCCAGGGCCCCUGAGCCCGUCGUCUCCCAGGGAGAUCCAAACUGUAAAGUGGACAUUGCCUUCCUUAUGGAUGGCAGCUGGAGCAUUGGGAAGAGGCGUUUUAAGAUCCAGAAGGACUUCCUGGCUGAGGUUUCUCAGGCGCUGGAUGUGGGAGUGGUCGGUCCCAUGAUGGGAAUCAUCCAGUAUGGAGAUGACCCUGUGACGGAGUUCAACUUGAAGGCUUACUCUAGCUCGCGGGAGCUCAAGCCGGCCGUGGACAAAAUCACACAGAAGGGAGGCCUGUCCAAUGUGGGGAAGGCCCUUUCCUACAUCAACAAGCAUUACUUCAGCGAUGCCAAUGGCAACCGUGGAGGAGCGCCCAACGUGGCUGUGGUGCUGGUAGAUGGCUGGCCUACUGACAAGGUGGAGGAGGCCUCCAGGCUAGCCAGAGAAUCUGGAAUCAACAUCUUCUUUGUCACCAUUGAGGGUCCAGAUGAGAAUGAAAAACAAAACGUGGUGGAGCCCAAUUUUGUGGAUAAGGCCGUCUGCCGGACCAAUGGCUUCUACUCCCUGCCAGUGUCCAGCUGGUUUGGUCUGCGUAAGACUGUGCAGCCACUGGUCAAGCGUGUAUGUGACACCGACCGCCUGAUGUGCAGCAAGACAUGCCUGAACGCCAACGACAUCGCCUUCGUCAUCGAUGGCUCUAGCAGCGUGGGGACGGGCAACUUCCGCACCGUCCUGCAGUUCGUGGCCAACGUGACACGCGAGUUUGAGAUCUCCGACACGGACACGCGCGUGGGCGCCGUCCAGUACACCUAUGAGCAGCGGCUGGAGUUCGCCUUCGGCCAGCACAACAACAAGGCCGAGCUGCUCAACGCCAUCAAGCGCAUCAACUACUGGAGCGGCGGCACCAGCACCGGGGCGGCCAUCACCUUCGCCGCCGAGCAGCUCUUCAGCAAGUCCAAACCCAACAAGCGCAAGAUCAUGAUCGUCAUCACCGACGGCCGUUCCUACGACGAUGUCAGGGCACCAGCGCUCGCCGUUCACCGCAAAGGAGUAAUCGCUUACUCCAUUGGUAUUGCCUGGGCUGCUCAGGAUGAAUUGGAGUACAUUGCCACAGAUCCAGACAAGGAGCACUCCUACUUCGUGGAUGAGUUUGACAACCUGUACAAGUUUGUGCCCAAGAUCAUACAGAACAUCUGCCAGGAGUUCAAUUCCCAGCCUCGAAACUGAGCGCAGCUUAGCGCCCCGGGACUCUCGCAAGGAACUGCAGAUAACAGGGCUGGGACACUUAACAAACACAUUGCAACAAGAUCAUCUGCUGUUACACAACACAGUAGGAAAAAAAGAUGCAACCAUCACCGGAACAUCCAGUAUUAUAACACAGUACUACAACACAUUUACAUGUCCAUAAUGUAAAGAUUUCAUAGAGGUGUACCUUUUGAAGGGGGGGGAGGGGGAGUUCUAACAGAUUGCCAGACAGUAAAUGGGGCAGAACGAGAGAAUGUGAUUAAGUGGAAUGUGAGCAUGAGGUGGUUUAUCACAUUUAUGUGGUUUAUCACAUUUUUGCAGAAGACGCUUUAAAUGGAUGGCCAUUUAAGGAAGACAGAACAGGCCAAAAAAUCUGAGCAGGAAGAAGUAAAACUGUACAAAAAUAACCACAUUUUAAAUACUGCAUAUUUAAAUAGGUAUUACAAUGCUAAACUAUCUAUAACAUAUUCUCUCCAGCAGUUGACAGACAUAUUUGUCUCACAGUGUGCAGUAGCUCAGAAUAAGAUGACAGACUACUGUGAGAUGUGUAGAGCAUAUAGAUGAUAAGGUCAAAUUUAUCCAAUUUACUGGACAGAAAAACCAACGGAAGAGAGCAACACUCUAACGUGUCAGUGAUUCUCUCUCAGGAGAGACUUGAAGUGAAAUUUUGGAAACUUAAGAGACAGAAAAUAAUAGGGUGUCCUUUUAGCAUGUCUUCAUAAUGCUUAUGCCAUCUUCACUUGCUUAAAUGAAAAUAUUUAGGUAUGCUUGCCUAACGAUUGAUAGGAAAUUGUGUAAUUGCUAUAGACCACAAAUACCAUACCACAAUUUAUACUUAAACAACAUUCCUAGUCCCUCAAGAGCCUUUCACAGACAGCCUUUUUUUCACUCAGUGUGUAAUUUUUGUGUAAUUUUGUCCAGUUUGUACAUAUGCUUAUUAAAAUGUUUUGCUUGUAAUUUUUAAAAGUUGCCAAAAUGAUUCCGAUUUUAAUGCGAUUUGUAAUAAAAAAAGAUUACCUAA